CGCGAAGCAGGCAAUUGGCCGUUCCACAGGUAGAUGCACCGCUGCCUGCGUAUACCUGAAAUAUUGAACAUCGUAUGCGAAUGCAUUCUCGCUGACCGCCGUCGGAGUAAAGCAACAUUGAUCUCUUUGACGGCGUGUUGCAAAGCCCUCUAUGGCCCCGCGGUCUCAGCUCUAUGAAGGGAGUGAGACAGCUUGCUACCUCUGCUUCGAAGCCUACCACGCGACUUGUGAAGUCGAACGCCUGGUUGCCGUGGGGGACACAAGCAAGUGGCCCCGCACCCUCGACUUCGCCCUCCUUCAGCGCUUCGUCGCCUUCAACAAUCUGACCGACCUCACAAUCGGGUGCUGGGGCGGCUUCCUCCUCGACGACGACGAGCUAUGUCGCAUGGCCCAGGCGUGGCCUCAGCUCGAAAUCUUCACACUGCAGACGAAGCGCGUCAUGCGCCCAAUUGCAUGCACGAUAUUGGCCUUGGUGGCCUUCGCGCGAUACUGCCCGCGCCUGCGCUACCUUGGCCUCGACUUCAAUGCCGAGCCUCUCACGUACGACCCGACUGCGACACACGGUGUACGGCAGGGUGCGCUGAGGUCCCUCGAGGUCUAUCGCUCUCCAAUCAGGAGCGCCCGCGUCGUCGCCGCCUUCAUAUCCUCGCUCUUCCCCGGCGUGGACACCGUUUCGACCGCCAACUCCGUCAGCGACCCGGGGGCGGACGACCCCGAGGUGCGAUAUCUGGACGAGGAUGUGGAGAAGGCUAGAACGAAGAGGUGGAGGCAGGUUGAGCGUCUGCUCCCGCUUCUGAAGGUUGUGCGCGCGGAGGGGCGCCUCGAAAGCGCGAGUCCUGGAGUAGCGGCCAAUGCAGAGCCUGAUGCCGGAAUGGUCUUCGCCGACGUCGAUUAUGACACGGACUACUCGGACGUUCGAGGCGGCGAAACCAAGACCAAACACCCAGGCAAAUAUGCAUUCAUCGCGCAGCUUCGGACGUGUAGUGGUACCCAAGGAGCCCAUCUGCGCAGUGCGACAACUCGGGCGCUUGCUUUUGCUGUAUUCACGAGUCUCCACUACCCUCCGGAUGUCUCGCACGAUGGCGGUCUUGAGCUCAUCUCCCCCGUGGAACGUUUCGAUCUCACGCUGAACAUCACUCUUCGGCUGGCAUUCGCGAGUCCACUGCGCAUGCUCCGCAUCGACGGCCCAAUUGAGGCGCUAGCUGCUAAGCCCUCGUCAGUUGAGACGCCCACUGACCGACCCUAUCGUGGAGGCGAUCACGCCACAAUCGCCCUCUCAGGCUAUUGA